AUGGGGAUGGAGGGAAUGGGUUUGGCUGUGGCGGUGACGAACUUAUCGGAGGCCUGGACGAUGCACGCGGGGUACAUCAGGUGGCUGAGGCUCCAUCACCCACCAAAAACAACACAACUUUCCCAUAAAUUUACUGGUGAUCAUACUUUGCUAACCAUGUGGCUUGCCGGUCACUGGACUUUCCUUCAUUCAUCUGGUUUACUCAGUGUUUCUGGUAGGGCCUGGAAGAAUAACUGGCUAUGGCAUCCUCCGAAGCAAAGCGGCCCUGUCACUUGA